AUGCCGGUGAUCCAGAGCUUGUUCGGCCGCAGCGGGAGGGAGGACGUUGCCUGCCUCUCGUCCCCCAGCGCGUGGAGCAUGCUCGAUGGCUUCUCCAUCGGCUCCUCGCUCUUCUCCCCCUCGCAGAGGGCCCCGCGGCGGCCGGCGUUCGCCGACGCUCGAAUCAGAUCUGAGGAAACGGCGGAGAACCACAUCUUGAAGGCCGAUCUGCGGGGACUGAGCGAAGAGGAGGUGAAGCUCAAGGUGGAGGCGGAGGAAGGGAUCCUUCAAGUGUGGGGGGAGCACAGGACGGUGCUUACCGGGAAGGACCGGAGAUGGGGCGAUGCCGAGAACAGCGUCCGCAGGUUCCGCCGCCGGAUCCCGCUGCCUGACGACGCUGAGGAAGAUCUGAUGCACGCCACCGUAAGAAAGGGGGUUCUGAUCAUAACCAUCCCCAGGAGGGAGGUGCAGAGGCCCCCGGUCAAGGAAGGGGAUGAUGAGGCGAGGAGACAAAGUGAGUCGGUCCUCUACAACGAAGCUCUGCGACAGAUAUGA